AGCACUCUUGGUUAAAUGUUAGUAAGCAAUUCUAUUGACUGAAUUCGAUCAAACUCCGAUUAACUUAAUUGGCAACUAAUUCGACCGUAGAUAGAAUUACUCGCAAUAAUUGUUUCAAGAUGUAUAAUUCGUUCCUAGUUCUCCCUUCUCUUUUCAUUUAUCAAACAACAAAGUUAUCCUGAAUUAAUGGCCGAUUAAGUUAAUUGGAGCUUCGAAAUCGCUUAUAUUCGUGAAGAAACGAGAUAUCAAUACUGAUAGGAAUCUAUUGUAUCCACCAAUGGUGUUUGUUUUCUCUAUAAAAAAAGGCUAUUACGUCCUAGCAUUCCGAUGAUUAAUUUAAAUCGCAGUUUUACAAGAGAUAUGCGACACUCUGUUCGAGAAAGAGCUUCUACCUUUUUGUCCUUAGCGUUAAUAAAUGCGUCUGAUUCUACAUCGAUUCUCCAAACACCGGAAGUGCACUAAUCCUCCCUUAUAAUUCGUUUUUAUUGGACUUGGUCUCAAUCGAUUAAUUUUUAGGUGAGAGCAAUUUUCAAUCAAUUGCCGUAAUGCGAAGAAGGGCUGUGGGUUUAUUUCAAAAACAUCUCUAGAGAACGUAGACUUUCGAAAAACGAAUAAAUCGCCGAUUAUCAAAAAAUGAAGAAGAAAUGGAGAGGAAAGGGCCAUCGUCGGGAAGUCUCGGCGGCUUCCCGUCGCGAAAAUGCCUCGUCGCGCCAUCGGACGUCACGUGGGCGUACUAUCGACCGUCAGCGUCGCGCAACUUCACCCCCCUUGAGCUCCGCCGGAGCACGUCUCGGUCGCUGCACGCGUUCGACUCGUCGUGGGCUCAGCUCUCAGCUCGCUCAGCUCGGCGGAGCUUGAGGCGCAUCGCAUCGAAGAUGGCGACCGGAGGGUAGGAUCGGGCCGAAGACGCGCACCGCGAGUCCAACCUCUUCCCCCAUCCCUCCCCCCAUCGCUACGGUGGAGACGGCCGUGGAGCAUAUCGGGGCGAGCCGCUCGCACGGGUCGAGUUCGGGAUCUGGUGGCGGGUUUCUCCGGUUUUCCGCUAAUUCAGGAUUCCGUCGGGGCGCGCAGUGGCUAAAAACGCACUAACCCACACAUAAUUCUCUCUUGUUCUUCGUUCAUGCCUAAGUAGCGAUUAACGCGCGCGUAACAUACCCGCUCGCUCGUCAACGUCUAGUCAGAGAAAUAGAGAGGAAGGACCAAAAAAAAAAUGCGAAAGAAGAAAGAAGAAAUGAAUCGACGAAAAAGAAAACCGUAACGUUCCGAUCGAGAUAAGGGUCGACACACAUGCGAGAAACCGUAGCGUAACCAAGCCAAAGCGUGUAAAUAUAGAAACAAGAUAACUAGGCUGAUUCAGAGGGAUCUCUCAACGGUCAUCCUCCUCGUCGAUGGUGAUAUCAUACCAAAAAAAGAAUUCGAUCCCUGGUACCAAGUUCCUCUAUAUUCCAGUGAAGUCGAACACGUUCGAAAUAACAAAAUACAUAGCCGAAGCGACCAAUCGAUUUAGAUUUUUGGAAACUGAAUCAUAAACUUUCAUCACAAUAUUGAAUAUAAUUAAACAAUAAGAUUAAAUUAAGAUAAGACUCGAGAGACUUAAUCGAAGAGUAAUCCAAGUUCCAUUCGAGUAUUAAAAAUUAUUUUAAGUGUGACAAAUUAGACGAAAGAGCGCGCAGCGCAAAUUGCGCGGCUGGAUGGCUUUUUGAAAAAAGAUCGACGGAAGUAUCACGGAAAUGUGAAUCCGUGGGAUAUCGACGACGCGACGACGGCACGAAAAUUGUGACGAGCUGGUCGAGUUCUCUGGUAACAUCGAUGCAGUGUUGGCCGGACGAGUCAGCGUUUCCAAUUCAACGACCACAGAGAAAGAGAGAAGGAGAGUGACGUACAUGAGAAGACUCCCUUUCGUUGAAAAACCCUUUCGCGAUUUAUCAUAGCCUUUGCACAAAUCGAUAGCGUCGAAAGGAAAGGUUCUUACUUUCUACAGACCGAGAGAUUGAAAAAAAUGCUGUCGCGGCCGCGGGGAUGAAGCCCUCAAAGAGUUUCGCCGAUCUUCGAUCUUUUUCUAACGUUUGUUAAACAAAUUUCGUACGACGAAUAUAAUUAAUACAAAGCAAAAGUAAUAUCCUAUUAUCGGAAAAAUUAAUAAUCAAUUGAUAAAGCUAACCACUUGCCAUCGAUAAAUUGUACAUAAUUAUACAGAGAGAAAGCGUAUGCUGUGGAGAUUCAAACGCCGUUUACAUUUAUUAAAAUUAAUGAGAACCAAAGGUAGAAUAAGGAACCCUCGAAACGAAUUAGCAUCGGGAUAAAACGAGCAACGGUAAGUGCUGCGUCCUAGGCAAACGACAGGCGAGUGAAAAAGGCGAGAGGUCGCACAGACAGGAAGGAAGGAAGGAAGGAAGGAAGGAAGGAAGAAAGAAAGAAAGAAAGAAAGGGUUGGUGAUAGCAGAGCUGCCGAGGACUCGUCUGGAAGAACGCGGAAAGGGCGAAGGUAUCGGUGGAAGCGACGGGGGUACAGCGAGAGAGCGGAGCAGCGGAGGGAGGACGAGAGGAAGAGGAGCCCCGGUCACCCUCGUCGUCGGGAGGGGUGUGCAGGCAUCGGGUGUGCUGAUAUCGACCGAGGAUUGCGCGUGCGUGGAAAAAGGUGCAAUCGCGCGCCCUCCGCGUCGGAAGAGGAAGCGCUCACCUCCCGUUCUCCCGUCAGUCGAUCGUCGCGUCGUCGACGAGAGGAACCGGGGCCGGCCGUCGUCGAUCGUCGACCGGGGCGAGAGACACUUCCGGUGUUCCUCUGCGCGGCGCGGAGCCGGCAGAGGCCGUGUACAGACGACGACGGUGAUUCCAACGCCCGCACUGGCCCGCACUUCCGGGCGCGAGCGAGCUGCCCGGGCCGCGACAGAGAGAGACUCGGCGCGGAGAGCUCGACACCGCGUCGCGUCGCGAGGAUCGUCAUCGUCGCCGUCGCCGGAGGACGGGGGAAAAAACCAGCGCGCGUGGACGGUCCGAGGCGGAGGGGGAGGGGGCCACGGGCGAGGUAUAUCGGACGAUAAGAGCGCGAUAAGCGCGACCGCGCUUUAUAAACGCGCCUAUGCGUGCGCGUACCUCUCUUCUCCCCUUCUCGCCUCUCCGCCUCUCCUGCUCUCUCGCGCUCUCCUGCUCUCUCCGACCUCGCCGUCGUCACGCUGAUAAAAGAACGAAUCUGGAGUUUUCCUCGUGAAAGACCGCGUCGCUACCAGUUCGAACCCGACGAUGCCCCGUGGCGGUCAUUAAGGAGACCGUUCGCGGAGACGAACGGCAGGCUUAAUUCCCAGAUCCGGUGGAUCUCUGUCAAAUCUUCAUCCCUCGCCCCGCGAUUGAUAAACGAUCGAGGUCACGGUCGCGUCCUGUGCGCCGCGAAUGUAAAGUGACAUCGAUGCCUGGCGAUUUCGUUUAAUUUGAUUUGGAGAUGUGAAUCGUAUGAAUGAAUAAAUUCACAGACUGAACGGUUACAAAGAGCCACGAAUUAUAUGUUGCACCAUGUCGAAUGUCGUAACCGUCAACAGCGUGAGUUUUCGGGGUAGCGACGUAUGCUCACAAGCUUGACCGGAGAAGCAAGCCAUGAUCGAUGCGAGUUAUUAUCUCAAGGCGGGUGAUCGACACGUCGUGCGGUAUGCAGAGAUAAUCAAAGUCGAGCGUCGAAGUCUCUCGAAGCGUUAUCGAAUUCCGAAUGGUACCUGGACGGACGCACGACGGCGCGAUGAUUAGCAUGCAGCAUCAGCAGCAGCAGCAACAGACUGUCUUGAACAACGUAACCGGCGGGCCGGAGCAGCCGCAGGAGGAAGUUCAGCUGACCGAAUUGCUACCGGUGAAGCAAUCACGUAUCAGAGAAAAUGUCUUCAAGGACGCCGACGCGACCGAUGCUUUGAGGGCGCUCAGAAGCCUCUCGGGCGACUGCGGCGAUGGCGAGAGCUUCGAUUCCCUGCGGGAGUUCAACUUCUGCAAGAACGUCGAACAGUCGGAACGCCAGAGCGGUAAGCAUCGACGAGUGGAGAGUCGUCAACGGAAAAGGCCAGCGGAAGAGACCAAGAGCCGUACUAAAGACGUGGAUCUCGAGGAGGGAAAUAGCGACGUAGGGGUGGAGAAGAAAGUGCGUAACGGCAGGAAGAUCACUCGCCCGAAAACGCUGAAGAGGAAGCUGAUGAGAUCGAGCAGGAAGAAAGACGACGAGAAUAAUUACGGAACGAAUGAGAAAUCAAUUGAGAAAGAUAUUGACGGAUGCGACGAAGAGGACGACGACGAACAACUGUAUUUGGACCUAGAAAAGAAAGACUGCUUUAAGGACGAGGUCUACGUAUAUAGACAGGAACCGCUGGAUUCAUAUUCGAGUUCGGAGUCGGAAGAAUCAGCAGUGACCAGCGACAAGGAUCGUCGCGAUAAUUAUCUCACCACGGAUGGGGAAUUGUUUGAUAAAAAAAGAAACUUUGCUGGCAAGAGCUUUAAUAUAAACAACGAGAAAGAAAAGUCUAAGGCAGGUGAUCUUAUCGAGAAAGAGAAUCCCGAAAAGGAGCUCAGACUGAGGAUCGACGCCAUUAUUCAAGCGAAUUAUUUGUUGGAACAAGAGAACAACAACGUUGUCGGUUCUGACAAAAUCUCGGAGCACAUUGGCACUUCCUCCGCUACCGCCUCGAUAAACGCGGAGAACAGCGAUGAUUCCUUAUGUAAUUCGGCAGAACCGCAGAAGAAGACGAAGAGGAAGCGGACUGAUCAGGCCAGACAGUCGAAGGACCAGCAGAAUCCCCAGAAGAAGUACUGUUGCGUCGUGUGUGACGCGCGUUUCAAGGGCAGCGGCGGUCUACGGAAUCACUACAAGGUGGUGCACGGCGCCGGGCCGGUGUUCAAGUGUGACGAGUGCGGCAAGGAGUUCCCGCUGAAGGAACGAUUGAAGCUGCACGUGCGCACGCACACCGGCUUCAAGCCGUACAAGUGCCCGGAAUGCGACAAGAGCUUCGCGCGGGGAGGCCAGCUGGUGCAGCACCGUCGUACUCACAGCCAGGUCAGGCCGUUCCACUGCAAGCUGUGCUCUAACACCUUCACGUGCGCGGCCAAUCUGUCGCUACACUUGAAGCGGCACAACGGCCAGAAGGAUCACAAGUGCGACCUCUGCGGACGCGCCUUCGUGCGUCGCGACGCCCUCAAGAAGCAUCUCGAGUGCCUGCACCGCGACGUCAAGUCGUUCCUCUGCGCGAUCUGCAACAAAACCUUCAAGGGUCACCUACCGCAGCACAUGAGGACACACGCGCGCGAUCGUCCGCAUGGAUGCGCCACGUGCGGCCAACGAUUCGCCCAGAAGUCCCAGCUGACCGUGCACCAAAGGACCCAUUCCGGUCAGCGGCCGUUUCGCUGUCUGGUCUGCUGGCAAGCCUUCGCCCAUUCGACCGCACUGAAGCUGCACACCCGACGUCACACCGGGGAACGGCCGUUCAAGUGUUCCGAAUGUAAUGCCGGCUUCACUCAACUGCCACACUGGAAGAAGCACAUGAAGUGUAUACACGGUAGAAACGAUCCAUACGGCUGCAAGCGUUGCAAGAGCUUUUUCAGAAUUAAAAGCGACCUGGAGAGCCACGAGAAGACCUGUCACCCAGAGAUGGAGGACGACGACGAUAGCGUCUCCGGUAGACCGGCCGGCGGUUCCGAGAUCGUCGAGAAGAACUCUGUCACCGCGAAGUAUAAGCUGAUGACGGUAGAGAAGAUGCGACUACUACUCGCGGUGCUGCUGAAGAGAAUUAGCAAGCAGGAACGUCUGGACGAGCUCGGCUUUGGCAAACGUCUCAUCGACGACGUUCUUCAGGAUUCUCUGGUGUCCGCUGGUAAGGAACCGGUCACGGGGAACGGCUUGUCCGAGCUUGAGGCUCUCACUAAGAAUCUAGAAAUCUUUCUCGAAUGGACAGUGCCGAAGGAGCACUGGGAGAAUUUUCGUAAAAUGAAAAAGUCGCCCGAAGAUAUUCUGGAAACGCUCACAGCUACGUAAACGCGUUUUUUUCAUUUAAAAAAUAGCUUCAUUAUCUUCCUCUCGGCGUGAAGAUUAGAAGGGAGUGAGAUCAAAUCGAUAGUAUAAAGUCAUGAUAUGCACGUAUUUGUAUGAAUAAUAGUUUCUUUGCACUCGGUUUUAGCUAUGCCAUAAUUUGCAUCAAAAUAUUUUAUCCAAGUAUUAAAUUAUUAUUAAAUUAUUAUUAUUUUAUUCUUUUUUCUUAAUAUUUCAAUUUUUCAUUCAACAUUAUACGUGACUUUUUCUAUAAUUUUUUUCUUUAUGAUUUAUGAUUUAUUGCAAAAAUUUAGGUGAGUGAAAUAGAAUGUCGAACAUUGCAACGUAGUCAUGACGUGAUCUCUGCAUCCAUUACUCUUAGUAAUGAUAAAGUAACAAUUUUCAAGAAAAUUUCAGACGACUAUUAAGCCAUUUCUAAUCGAAGAUGAAACGGUCGGAAUUUUCCGUGUGAUAUCUAAUAUCUAUGAUAACUAACGUUAAUUUCUCUGGUGCCAUGUAUCAUAAUAUUUGCCAUACUAAACCAGUGAGUAUACACCAUAUGAUUUAGGGAAGCUAAGUAAAUUCUUUUAUUUUAUCGUAGUGUAAAUCGCGUUGAGAGUAGGAUAUAAUAUUGUCGAAUUAAAUUAAUGGAAGAGUCAGGCACGUUUCUCGAUAGAAGCAAACUGCCAUGCUUCUUCAGCGACUGAAGUAGAGAUAGGACAUUUUCUUGCCAUAUUUGUUGAAACACGCAUGCACAUUAGCGAGGAACACAAGGGAUUGUUUUUAGCACAUACAUUUUAAUCGUAGGCACGACUGUACGUCAAUUGUAUACCAAAAAGAAAAAGAAAUGAGGCUAGCACGAGUCAUUCGCCAUUAUGUUCUUUUACGUGCAAUCGUUAUAUAUUAUCCUAUAUAUUUACAAAGAUAUACGUCUAUAUACAUAUCUCUAUUAUAUAUAUAUAUACACACACACACAUUUAUAAAUUGAAUAUUAUGAGAUUUUGUUAUAUAUAAAUGUGUUCACGGGGGCGCGUUCCAAAAAGUGGAAAUUUUAACAGUUUUGCGCGACGUUCCCGUUGUAGUUGAUACUAUUAUAUUCGUUAUUUAUCCUCACUUGUACGUGCACUCGCGCGCAACUAGGGGCUUGAUUGGCCGUGGAUGAGUAAACACGUCGGCGUGGCAUUGCCAUUAUUUUAGGUAGUCAUAAGUAAAUGUGAGCAGACAAUAAUAAACGAAGGUUGCAAGUUUAGUAUACAUCAGUCAUUGAGAAAAGAAAGAUAUAUCCAUAUACACACAUAUAUAUAAACUUAUAUAUAUAUAUAUAUAUUAACAUUAGACGAAUGUAUGCUAAUGGUGCCGAGUGGAAAGGAACGCAGCAUCUUUUCUUGUAGAUUCUAAAGAUGUAAAAUCAGAAAAAUGAUUGCAAUUUAUUUCCUUCUCGAUAAAUGAAAAUAGAAUUUUAGUAAUAUGAAUUUACCGUUAAAAUACAAGUAAUACAAAUAAUUUUUUCUAUAUAUAAAAAUGCUCUCCUUUUACAAGCAUGUAAAAUCAAAAUUAACUUGUUGAGCUCUACCUAAAGUUGAGCAAUAUAAGCUGUAACGCAAAGUUCCUUUCCUCGAUGUACCAUAAGGAUAUUUUUCAAUCGUGCGUUCAAAUAAAAAUAGUCAAAAAUACUAUGGUCGGAGGUGCUAUUUUGUGCGUUUGCAAUAUUUGAAGCUGUUGUUCGAAAAGAGAUUCCGAGUUUUCCGAGCUUUCUUUUCGGCACGUAAAGAUAAUCGAGAUGUUAUCGAAUCCAAAGACUUUGUUACUUUCAUUGCCAAAUAUAUUAUGUAUGUAUACCGUUACGUUUUGUAUGAUUUCAAUUUUAUUAUUAGCAGGCGUUCUCGAGAUAUAUUGUAUUUUGCGCCGCGCAUUUGGGAGAGGAAAGGGAGCAGCGUGUAUUCAUGCGUGUGACGCGCCUUAAUGUAUUAACAUGAGUUCGAAUGUAUGGCGCAUGCAGUGACUUAGCGUUUUCAAAUUUAUUCAAAAGAUCGGAAUAGAAGAUCGGCUUCGGUUUACGCGGAUGCAAAUGCGGGUCGCGGGGUGCACUUUGAAUAUAGAUCGAGGUCGAGGAGAACCGUUUCGAAUGAUUGACCGGAAGUGUAGCUUCCCAUAUUUCCUCGAUGAAGCCUAUUAACUCUUUGGUGAUUUUGAUUUACAGUGCCAAAGCAAAUAAAUAGCGCUCGCGAGAAUGAUUGACUAGUAUCUUUCGCGAAUUUCAUUUUUUUUUCGCGUGAGAUCACGAAUUUUAUAUUCUAAUCACGUUUUUUUUCUUUUCAGCAUCGACGAGAUGCUAUUUAUUAUUUUUAGUGCCAUAAACUAAAAUAGUCAUAUUUGUACAUUAAUAUAUUGUAUGAUGUGUGGGAGAAGACGAUUUGAAUAAACAUGUUUCUUUA